AAAAAGUUGAUAAAUCGUCGUCGUUUGCAAAAACGACAUUUAACCCUUGGGCUAUAAAUAGAAAGUGAGCCAAUUCAGAAUUCUAAACAACCAUCUAUCUAAGAAGAAGCAGAAAGAAAGAAGAUCUAACUAAUGGGCAAAAAUGAGGAAGUGAAGCUUUUGGGAAUAUGGGCGAGCCCUUUCAGCCGUCGGAUCGAGAUGGCUCUCAAACUCAAAGGUGUACCGUACGAAUACUUGGAGGAAGAUUUGGAGAACAAGAGCUCUUUGCUUCUUGCUCUAAGCCCUAUUCACAAGAAGAUCCCUGUUCUUGUUCAUAAUGGUAAAACCAUUAUCGAGUCGCAUGUGAUCCUCGAAUACAUCGAUGAGACUUGGAAACACAAUCCCAUUCUUCCUCAGGAUCCCUUCCAAAGAUCCAAGGCUCGAGUCUUAGCUAAACUUGUUGAUGAAAAGAUAGUAAAUGUGGGAUUUGCCUCACUGGCCAAAACAGAGAAAGGAAGAGAAGUUCUGAUUGAGCAGACAAGAGAAUUGAUUAUGUGUCUCGAAAAAGAACUCGCCGGAAAAGAUUACUUCGGCGGCAAGACAGUCGGAUUCUUGGACUUUGUCGCCGGAAGUAUGAUCCCGUUUUGUUUGGAGAGGGCUUGGGAAGGAAUGGGAGUGGAGAUGAUUACAGAGAAAAAGUUUCCAGAAUAUAACAAAUGGGUGAAGAAGCUGAAGGAGGUUGAGAUCGUUGUUGAUUGUAUUCCUCUAAGAGAGAAACAUAUUGAACACAUGAACAAUAUGGCAGAGAAAAUUAGAUCUGCUUAAUUCAGAAGAUAAUGCAUCUUUCAUAGCUUUGGUUCCAUAUUUUAUUUAAUUUACUACUGUAAUGAAAGAUAAAUCAAGGACAAAACUUUAUGAUUCAGAAAAUAAUUAGAAAACAAAUCCUUUGAAAAAGGGUAAAAAAAUACGUAGACAAUAUCCAGCAGAAUCAAAUUAACAUAAUCCUAGAUUUGGUCCAACAAACCCUAGCUAAUCCGGCAAUAGAAGGCGAGUUGCACCUGAUUCGAUUAUAAAAUCAGCGUUCUUUGGAUCGGUCCUAAACUUCAUCUCAUGAGAGCCGUUGGUGCACUGGAUCUGAAACCUAAAGAUUUUAAUCCCAAGGUACGUCUCGCCAAUGACGUCUUCUACACGGCUAGUGAAUUUAGUGCCCUUACUCAUGAUAUUAUCACAAUUGUUGCAUUGAAGUCUCAUCGGAAGGCUUAAGUCGGCGUUGCGUGCUGCCAUAGCUUCAGAACACAAGAACACGCGAGAAAAAAGAUAUUUGAUCUGUCUUUCCCUAAGACCUAUAUUUAUA